GUAUAUAAAUAUUAGUUUAUUAUAUAAUUAUAUGCAGAAAGUACCAUCGAUGGUACACAUGCGUUAUUAACAGUACUAGUUAGGCCAACUGAAUUGACCGAAGACAGCAAAGUGCAAAGCCUAGCUUUCACCAAAUCGUCACUACAAACGUCACAACCCCUAUUCCAAUCUUCCAUUAAAGCCUACCCACAUGGCUGCUAAAUUGCAUGUCCCACAACUUCACAGACCUGGCCUAUCUUGCCACCAGACUGCAGUACUCUCAAACACUAACACCUCACCCUCAAGCUCCACCGCCCACCACCACCACCACCACCAUGGAGAAGUACCGCCACGUACUCCUCGUAACGUUCCCUGCGCAGGGCCAUAUAAACCCUGCUCUCCAGUUUGCCAAGCGCCUCGUUCGCUUGGGGGCGCAUGUCACCCUCGCUACCAGCGUCUCCUCCUACCGUCGCAUGACCAAAACACCUGCUCCUCAAGGUUUGUCCUUCGCCACCUACUCCGAUGGCUACGACGAUGGGUUUAAGCCUACUACUGAUGAUUUAGAGCACUACAUCUUCGCGAUUAAGCGCAGUGGCUCCAAAACUCUCACCGAUCUCAUCGUGUCCAGCGCAAACGAGGGCCGCCCCUUUCAGUACUUAGUGUACAAUAUGCUCCUGCCUUGGGCGGGGAACGUGGCCCGCGAACUUCACCUCCCGUCAGCAGUUCUCUGGAUUCAACCUGCCACGGUUUUGGACAUAUACUACUACUACUUCAAUGGCUAUGGAGACGACAUCAGGAAAAACGGCACUGAUCCCUCGUACUCGUUACAAUUACCGGGACUGCCGUUGCUCUAUGGUCGUGACCUUCCCUCCUUUUUGCUUGGUUCAAAUACGUAUACUUUUGCACUCCCAUCAUUUCAAGAGCAAUUCGAAGCACUCCAAAAAGAAAGCAACCCGAGAGUGCUUGUCAAUACCUUUGAUGGAUUAGAGCCCGAAGCCUUGAGAGUGAUCGAAAAAUUUAAUCUUGCUGCGGUUGGACCGCUGAUUCCAUCGGCCUUUUUGGACGGAAAGGAUCCAUCCGAUAAAGCUUUUGGCGGAGAUCUUUUCCAAGGCUCCAAGGAGUACUACAUCGAAUGGCUGAACUCCAAGCCUAACUCAUCUGUCAUUUACGUCUCAUUCGGGAGCAUGGCGGUGCUAGCAAAGCAGCAGAUGGAGGAAAUGGCACGCGGAUUGUUGGAUUGCGGCCGUCCCUUCUUGUGGGUCAUAAGAGCCAAGGAAAAAGGAGAAGAAGAGACAGAAGAAGAGAGAUUGAGUUGCAGAAAGGAAUUGGAGCAAAAGGGAAUGAUAGUGCCAUGGUGUUCUCAAGUGGAGGUUCUGUCACAUCCUUCAUUGGCAUGCUUUGUGACUCAUUGCGGAUGGAAUUCGAGUUUGGAGAGUUUGGUCACUGGGGUGCCAGUGGUUGCUUUCCCACAGUGGAGUGAUCAAGGAACAAACGCAAAACUGAUUGAAGAUGUGUGGAAAACAGGCUUGAGGGUGACAGCAAACAAGGAUGGCAUUGUAGAAGGUGAUGAGAUCAAGAGGUGCUUGGAAUUGGUAGCUGGAGGUGGGGAUCGAGGGGAAGAAUUGAGAAGGAAUGCUAAGAAAUGGAAGGAGUUGGCUAGGGAAGCUGCCAGGGAAGGUGGGUCUUCAUACAAAAAUCUUAAAGCUUUUGUGGAGGAGAUUGGAGGAUGUUUAUGUUAAAAAGAUACGUAUGUUUGCUGAUGAAGACAUUUGCUAAUUUAGGCUCUUUGAAGAUUCUAAUUUAGGCCCCGUAUUGAAGAUUCUAAUUUU